AUGGACGAUACGAUCAGGAUGCUACAUUAUGAAUUGGGUUUCUACGAGAAGAGCGGUACUAACUGCUAUCGUGGGACGCUGACGUUCGCCCUUCGUUAUGAUUUCAUUCAUCGGGUUCUUAUGCUGCAUGUGCUCAGAGCUAAUCAUCUCUCAGUUGAGGAAAAAGGUCGAACAGUUGAUCCAUAUGUGAAAAUGUAUCUGUUACCGGAACGGCGGAAUCACUGUAAGACAAGAAUUUGUAAGAAGACAUUGGAUCCAGAUUUUAAUGAGAUGUUCUCCUUUGAUGUUCCAUUCAACAGCUUGUCAGGCAGAAUGCUACAGUUCACCGUGUACGAUUUCGAUCGAUUUACCAGACACGGUCUGAUAGGGAACGUCAUAAUGAGGGACUUAUUUGAUAAAAGCGAUCUCUACACUUGGACAGAAUACACCAUGCAGAUCGUUGGCAGCCAGGAAAAGAAUGAUUUUGGAGAUUUGUUACUGUAUCUCUUGUAUUCCCCCACAGAACAGAAGUGUACGCUUUAUCUAGAUCCCCCAUCUGCUUCACAUCAGAUUCCAUAUGUGAAAGUGGAACAAGUCUAUCGUGGUAAGCGCGUAAAAUUGCGCAAGUCAUCCUGCAAGAGGGCUAAUUUGAACCCUGUCUACCACGAAACCUUGGAGUACGAUCUACCAUUGAGUCAAGUUGCGGAGACGAACAUUCUAGUACAGGUCAUGGAUUGGGAUCGAAUAGGGAAGGACGAUCUCCUAGGAUGUUGCGUUCUUGGCAAGGAUAGCCCAACGGUGGAGGGCCGGACUCAGUGGGAGAACUGCUUUCUUUCACUUGCUCAAACGGACGUGAAUGGACAGAAGAGAAAGCCAAUUGGACAGUGGCAUAGCAUUCUGUCUGAAGUACCCGAGCAAUUCCGAAAUAUUCCGAAAGCAAAGAAGUAG